ACACGCACCUGCUGCUCUCUCACCGCUUGCUGCUCAUCUGCUCCAAGGAUUUUGAGCGUGGUUAUGUAAGGAGCAAAAACAAACCAGACAGGAUUUUGUAGGAACAUGAUUUUAUCUGUCUUUGCCAAAGGUGCCUACCAUUGUGCAGCUGUGAGAGCAUCAUGGCGGCUUUUAAAGGCAUUUGGACGAAGCCCUUCUGGCGUGCCGUCUCUGGCGAAUUCUUGGCCACGCUGAUCUUUGUUCUUCUGAGCCUGGGCUCCACCAUCAACUGGGCGUCAGGUACAGAAAACCCACCCCCUGCAGAUCUGGUGCUCAUCUCCCUGUGUUUCGGUCUGAGCAUCGCCACCAUGGUGCAAUGCUUCAGUCACAUCAGCGGAGGCCACAUCAACCCAGCUGUCACCGCUGCCAUGGUGGUCACCCAGAAGCUGAGUCUUGCUAAAGGCCUGUUCUACAUAGUUGCUCAGUGUCUGGGAGCCAUCGUAGGGGCAGGGGUCCUACUCCUGGUUACUCCAAGCGCUGUCAGAGGCGGGCUGGGCAUCACAGCGGUUAAUUCCCGUAUCUCAGUGGGCCACGCUCUGGUUGUGGAACUUCUGAUCACAUUCGAGCUGAUCUUCACUAUCUUUGCCACAUGUGACCCCAAACGCAGCGACCUCAAAGGAUCAGCUGGCCUGGCAAUCGGCAUUGCUGUAGUCAUCGGGCAUCUGUUUGCGAUCCCUUACACUGGAGCCAGCAUGAACCCAGCUCGCUCUUUUGGACCUGCAGUUGUCACAUGGAGCUGGGAGAGCCACUGGGUGUAUUGGGUAGGGCCCAUUUUGGGUGGGAUCCUGGCAGCUGCACUAUACGAGUACCUGUAUUGCCCAGACCCUGAACUUAAGAGACGUUGCAAGGAAAUGUUCAUCAAAGAUGCUUCUGGAAAGUACAAAGAGGUGGAGUGCGCCGGCAACCAUCAUGUUGGAGAAGCCGACGACAUUGUGAUCAAGCCUGGUUCCUCCUCUGAUGCUGAGAAAGAUGAAAAGAAGGAAUCGUUCCAGGAUUCGUCUGGGGAUGGCCUGUCCUCCGUAUGACUUCUGCGCAAACUGGAGAUGGAGACAGAUCUUUCACAACAGGCCUUCACCACCAGCAGCCCAAGCCUGCUGCAAGGGAAGGGAUACUUCCACAGAAGAAUAUGGAAAAUGCUAAUGUGGUUAACAAUGGAGAAGAUUAGUUAGCUAGCUUUCUUUAAUAAUUAGCCACAUCAGCAUUUUUCAGUGAAGUUUUCUCGUAAGACCCAAACCUCCAGCCUCGUCUCAGGAAGAAGAGUUUCUUUCAGGGCAUCCGCAAAAGUGUAUUUCAGCCGAUGGAUGCGCUCUCUGCUUUGUGUUCACCGCAGCCAUAUCCAAAUGGAAUUACUCCUUUCGCUUGACUUCCUUUUACAACCGAAGCCAUUCUCACAUUUGUCGUCCAGUGAUGUGAAAAACUAUGUGAAAUGAAGAUCAACGAACAACCCAGGCAGCCACUAUUACCCUGACAUGAAUGGAUUAGUGUCCUGUGUUAUAUAUGAAGAUGUUAUGACAUCAGAGAUUCUACGAUCAUUAAGAAAAUUACUGAACUCUUGUUUUGAUGGAUUGAGGCUGGGAUUAAAGACGGUCUAAAGCAGGUUGGUAGGGCCCUCACCAUCUCCACUCAAAGCAAAGGCUGUUUUACCUUCAGGCCUUUAGAUUUUUCAGUCAUGCCAAGCUUUUAAUUAUAUUCUUUUGUGGUUCGUUUAUGUUAAUAUAAUUCUCUUAAUAAUCUCAAUCUUAACUUUGUUUUAAUGUUUUUCUUGGCUUAUUUACGCCUUUAAGUCUUUUCAUACAACUAGUUGUCUUACUUCACAACUGAGAGCAAUUAAGAGUUUUAAAAGAGCGAAUGCAACAACAAAACCUGGAAUAUUCCUCAAUAAUCACUGGCCCAAGCCCUUUAUGGGAAUUGAGGGAAUAUUGUAUUUUAUCCCAGAACUGUGAAUGGAAUCUUGCUCAAAUCACUAACAGGAACCCACUUAUUCAUUUUUAGGAAAGUUAGCUUUUUUAAAUGAACUAUUCCAUUAAUUCCCAAGAGUCUAACCUACCAAUUUGCAAGACUCUUACACUGGGGUGACAAAGAGAAAACAUUAACAUACAGUAGGGUGUUGGGACAACAUGAGCUGGGUCAUUCUAUGGAAACGUCCAUUUUUGUGUUCCUAGCGUUUACAAAUAUAUCACACUUAUGAAAACUUGUUAGGGUUACAAUUUAUUUAUAUUUUACAAUAAAACAAUACGUUAUUUUGACAUUUACAUCUUCUGAAGCCUCAAUUCAGCAAUAUAUAUAUUUUUAAAUCAAUUAUCUAGAAUUCCAAGUGCUUGUCCCCACAGUCUUAUGUAAAGGCUGAGGCCAUAUUUUGAAGAAAAAAACACGUUUUUUCUGCUAUUUUAACUGCAAUAAUCUAUA